GGCUGGGGUUGUGGCUACCGAACACUACAGACCAUCUGUUCUUGGGUCAGGCACCAUAAUCUGUCAUCAGCUGCUGCAUCAGGCUCACAUCAGAACAGUUCGGUUGCAAGCAUUUUCCAGAUUCAAGAAGCACUUGUGGAAAUGGGAGAUAAACCCUCAUCAUUUGUACACUCCAGACAGUGGAUUGGCAGCUUUGAAGUAUGUCUGGCUUUAGAUCACUUCUAUGAUGUUCCCUGUAAAAUUCUCCACAUCGACAAGGGGGUGAAUAUAAGUCAGUUCAUGCCUGAACUAUGUGAACAUUUCAAAACUGUAGGAUCACCUGUGAUGAUGGGUGGGGAGUCAGACAACUCAUCCAAGGGAAUUAUGGGAGCCAGAAUGAGUGACCCAGCUCUGCUUGUUGUG